GUUAAACAACGCAGAAGAAGAAAAUAGACGCGACGCUCUUCUUGCGCAUGACACAUUGGGAGAUAGCAUCAGUGAGUUAGGGGCCAUAAAAACACAUUGCAGAAAGAAAAUAGCAAGGCGCUAAUUAGUCAGUGCUAUUGUUUGAUAUUAUGUACAUAUUUAUGUCAUAUGAAAGACGUCUUUAAUUAAGCAAGUCAGGGUAAACACGUCUCUGUGCAUGAGAAACUCUCAGGCUAGCUUUGCUUGUUAGCUGCAAAAAAAGAGGCGAACGUUGGCCCAGCAGAGGUCAAGUGCGAGUGUAAAAGUCUGGGAAAAUGUAUAAAGUACAAAUGCUCCGAGCGUUGGUGAAUCAGCGACUAACUGCAGCGGUGGAAGAAAUAUUUGUAGCGGUAGAAAGAACGAUAGCAGAGUACGAGGAGGAAUUUUCCCGAAUAAAAGAAGAGAACGAGCGACAACGUGAAUUACUGGAGGCUUUUUUCAAGAAACAUCAAGGAAAGUCACACCGAGCAGCCUUCAGUGAAGAACAUCUUACCCUUGAGGAGCACAAGUGGAGCUCCGGGGUGGCGCUAGAGGAGCCACAGGACCCCCACAUUAAGGAGGAGGAAAAGGAACACAUCAUUAGCCAGGAAGGAGAGCAUCUUGAAGGAUUGGAGUUCCAAGUGAUUGGUGUCAUUGUGAAGAGUGAAGAUGAUGAGGACCAAUGUGAAAGUGAGGAGAAGAGAGAGGUGGCGACUCCAACGAGCAGUUCAACUCAACACAUGACAACAGAAGCUGAUGGAGAUCACUGUGGACCAUCACAAGCAGAAACCCUCUUAGCUCCACUAUCGGAUAAGGACGAGACAACGUCACACUCUGCUGACACUAAUGAUGAAGUCUCUAAAGCUGACAACACACACUGGAAAUGCUCUCACUGUGAGCAAACUUUUGUUAAUAAGGGGAAUCUGAAUAGACACAUGAAAAGUCAUGCGGGCGUCAAGGACUUUAAAUGCUCUAAAUGUGGGAAUAUGUUUGCUGACAAUUCAACACUGAAAAGACACAUGAGGAUACAUACGGGCGAGAAGCCGUUCAGCUGCGUAGUAUGCAGUAAAAGAUUCUAUGAGAAGACACAUUUGACAACACACAUAAGAAGACACACUGGAGAGAAACCGUUUUCCUGUACAGAGUGUGGUUUAGGUUUUGUCCGAAAUCAAUAUUUGAAAACACAUAUGCGAACGCACACCGGAGAGAAACCAUUCGUGUGCACAAUAUGCAGUAAAAGGUACUCUCGAAAGGCGCAUUUGAUAAUACACACAAGAGUACACACGGGAGAGAAACCUUUUUCCUGUUCAGUGUGUGGUAUAGGUUUUGUUCGGAAUGACGAGUUGAAAACACACACAAGAAUACACACUGGAGAGAAACCUUUUAUGUGUUUGGUGUGUAGUAAAGGUUUUAGGCGAAAUCAUGAUUUGAACAGACACGUGAGAAGACACACUGGUGACAAAACGUAUUCCUGCUCAACCUGCAACAGAAGCUUUUGUGGCCGAACAACACUUGUAAGACACAUGAGAACACACACUUACGAGAAAAAGUUGAGUUGCAUUGUGUGUGAUGAAAGAUUUUCUUAUAAAUACCAGCUUGACUGUCACAAGUGUGCGGGUGAGAACAGCAGCACUAAAUGAACUAGCAGGACUUUAAACUGAUUUUGAUAAGGGACUUUCUCACACAAUCACCAAUUAUAACUUGUGACUUUGUUGAUAUGCUUCAAUCAUUCAAAUGCAAAACAAUGCAAUACUCAGUUACAUUUCAUUAAAUUUCACACUUGAGCUAAGUGAGAGACUACAAAG